AUGGAAUUUCUUGGAACCACUCAGACCGCCAGUUACUGUGGCCCCAAAAAAGAAUGUGGCUUGCCCGCGCUGCCCCCCUCUGGCCAGGAUCCUGUGGUCCAGGAGUGCUACCAGCCGUACCACCUGUCCGGGUACCGCCACGUCAACACCUGGAGACCCAGCGACCUCUACAAGAUCGCCGCCACCGAGACCUUCCCGAAUGAGUGUCAGGGCUCCCGGCGCCCGACCACCAUCCUGCCCUCGCUCCGCUCCGCGCCCUUCUGUUGCCACACUCCCCGCGACUGGGAGCGCUCCAACCAGAUGCAGGUCCGGGGCGCGGAGGCCUCGAGGCUGUGGGCCAGCCGGCUGACUGCAGACUCCCUGCAGAUCAUGCAAGAUAAGGACCAGCUGACGCACCAGAUGCAGGAGGGGACCUCCCGCAACCUCGGCCAGAGGCUGUCGGACAUCGGCUUCUGGAAGUCGGAGCUGUGCUACGAGCUGGACAGGCUACUUAAUGAGAACAACAGCAUGGACACCAUCAAGAGGCGCCUGGAGUGCGCGGCUGAGGAGGUGAACUGUCCCCUGCAGGUGGCCCUGGAGUGUCUGUACAAUCGGGAGAAAAGGAUUGGGAUUGACCUGGUCCAUGACAACGUGGAGAAAAACCUUAUCAGGGAAGUGGAUUUGUUAAAAUGUUGCCAAGAUCAGAUGAGAAAAUUAGCUACAAGAAUAGAUUUCCAGAUGAGAGAUAACUGAGAUGCUCAACACAGCCUGGAGCGGGACAUAGAGGACAAAAGCUCAGCCCAGUGUAUCGAUGAGAAAUGCUUUAACCUGAGAAACACGUCUGACUGCAUCAGUUUCUUUCAUGGCAUGGAAAAAUUUGGUGGCACGGUCUCCAUUCCUGAGACCUGGGCCAAGUUCACCAAUGACAAUAUCAGACACUCGCAGAGCAUGUGGGCCAAUUCCAUCAGGCUGCGUGAGGAGGCCGAACACCUCUUUGAGACCUUGUCUGACCAGAUGUGGAGACAGUUCACUGACACCAACCUGGCCUUCAACAUCCGCAUCUCCGAGGAGACAGAUGUGAAGAACAAGCUGCAGACACAGCUGGCUAAGACACUGCAGGAGAUCUUCCAGGCAGAGAACACCAUCAUGUUGCUGGAAAGAGCCAUCAUGGCCAAGGUGUCACUGAAGGUAGCCCACACCAGGCUGGCAUGCCGGACCUGGCGGCCCAACCUGGAGCUCUGCAGGGACAUCCCGCAGUUCAAGCUCCUGAACGAGGUGUUCACCAUCGAUGACACCCUACAGACGCUAAGGCUGAGGCUGCGUAAGACGCAGGACACGCUGCAGCUGCUGGUGAUAUCCAAGUCCCGGCUGGAGCAAGAGCUGGCGAUCAAGGCCAACACCCUGUGCAUCGACCAGGAGAAAUGCAUACGCAUGCGCAAGACCUUCCCCAGCACGCCCCGCCUGGUGGGCUACAGCGGCGCCGGCAUCCGCUUUGGUCCCUGCGCCACCCACGCCCCUUGUAUCAGCCCCGCCCACUCAGGAGGCUCCGCCCCUUGCGGCUGCUCUGCUAGGAGAGGCCCCGCCCCCUGCUCCAGAUCCUCCUGUUCCUGCCUAGGACCCUGCUCUGCACGGGUUUGUAAAAUGGCUUAAGGUUGGAAAAGGCUGAAAAAGAAAAUAAGAAUAAUUUUCUCUUUCUUUCCGCCGUGAAAAUGUGAAAAUAUAGA